UGCUGUUGUCAUUAGAGUACUUUAAGGUUGAUGUAAGUGACAUUAAAUAAUUAAUGACAUGAUUGAUGAACGCCAAGGUCAGGCAUGAUGUGCACAGUGCAGUGAGAAUUGCAUGGUGUUGCAUGGAGAUUAAGACUGUCUAUGUCUGAUUAGGUACACAUACAUGCACAUGUACUGUUCUGUUGUGUGACACGGUAACGACUGCCCAAUCAUGAAGGCCGACAACCACUUACCCAAGCUCCCCUUAGCUGGUUUGCUACUGCUGGCUGUAUGCAGGCUCACCGAUGCAGCCUCAUUGGCCGAAGAUACGGAAGAUGGAAUGGAUUUGACCAGUUUGUCUGAUGCGACAGUUAUCGGUAUCCUGACUGUAGCAUCUUGCCUCUGCCUGAUCACUGCCUUGAUCGGAUGCGCUUCUUGCUGCAAGAGAGGUUUUCAUAAAUUUGAGGAAACCACCACAGAGACCAACGUCGUCGGUCAGCACUACACCAGCUUUUCUGACUUCAGCCCCCCUACCAUGAGCACCCCUAGUCGCCCGCCGGGCUCCCCGGAGCCCGAGACGGUCACCAUCGAGCCCUUACCCCAGCUGCCGGGUCGCACCAGCAACCAGUGGGUGAACGUGCUGCGGGUGAGCGGCGGGGGGAGCAGCGCGGGGCUGGACCCAGGCCAGACCCUGCAGAGCAUCAAGCUGAUUGACUCGCCCCGGUUCCAGUUCCCGCGCUGUCAGGUCAGCUACGUGGACGAGAUGGGCAAUGGCUGGUUUGGCAAGGUCUUACAAGGAGAAGCCCAAAGGAUGCAUCCCGGCUUACGGAAGACCCGCGUCGUCAUCAAGCAGCUCAGGGACACGGCCACGCCUGAAGAGCAACUCUUGUUCCUACAAGAAGUCCAGCCUUACAGGGAGGUGAACCACCCUAACGUCUUGCUGCUCCUGGGCCAGUGUAUUGACAGCAUGCCGUUGUUGCUUAUUCUGGAGUAUGCACCAUUUGGAGACCUCAAGUCCUAUCUGUGGAAGCAUCGGGGCGAGGUCCAACAGAUGGCCCAGCAAGACAUCCAGCUCAAGAUGGCCGCAGACAUGGUCAGCGGCCUAAUGUGGCUGCACCAGGCUGACUUCAUUUACAUUGAUCUUGCGACUCGCAAUUGCCAAGUAUGUGCAGACACCUCGGUCAAGAUCGGCGAUUACGGCCUUGCCCUUGAGAAGUACCCCGACGAUUACUACAUCACCAGAGACAACAGUCAAGCCAUACCCAUCCGAUGGCUGGGCCCGGAGGUCAUUGACCUGAAGGACGACGGCUCGGUCAAGACGAAGAAGGUCACCAAAGAAUCCAAUGUCUGGUCCUUCGGCAUCAUGAUGCUGGAGCUGUCCACCGGCGCCAAGCGGCCGUACGCCAAGCUAACAGACGAGCAGGUGCUCCAGCAGGUGGUGAAGGAACAAGAGAUCCGAGUGGACAAGCCCAACCUGAAGAUCCACUACGCUUCCAGAUGGUUUGAGAUCAUGAUGUACUGCUGGUUGGAGGCCGAUAUCCGCCCUUCCAUGAAGGAACUGCACGACCUCAUCAUGUACCUCAAGAAUAACCGGGACCGGGUGGACAUGCCUGAUUUUGAAGCCCGCUGGAACACGCUCAAGCCGGCCGCCCUGCAGGAGUCCUCAGAGUCCAGCAAAGAGGACGAAGGAGAACCCCCCUUGCCAAUCCAAAAGAACCCACCCGCUGGAUUCGAGGAUGACUUUGUCCCCCCUGGGGAGACCAAGAAGACCUCGCCGGCAAAACAAGAGCCGCCAGCUGUUAUAGUGCCCCCGCCAGCCAAGUCAGAGUUGCCCGACAAGACGGUGGGGUUCGAAUCCGAUUUUGGAGCGGCACCGGUGGCCUUCAUCAAAUCAGCUCCGGAGGAGGAUAUCAGCGCGCCAAGCCCCAACAGAAACAUGAAUGCGGAGACCACUGCACCCGAUGACCAGCCACGAUUCGACGAUGACUUUGUGACGGCCAUCGCGCAGCCCAACGUCGAAGCAGUCCCACAGGCAGCACGGAGCGAUGCUCUUGUUGACGGCCUUCAGCCAGAUUUCGUGACACAAGUCGAAAUGCCUGUGACUCAUUCCAAUCCUCUAUUUCCCGAACAAGAUGAUGGACAAAACAUCAUGGACAAAAAUUCCGAGCAAGCACCAAAAUCAAAUAUAAUCCCAACCUUGGUAGGCACUGACAAGUCCUCUCCCGGUACACCACAUCGUUCACCAGAGAAGGUCGUCGAUACGAACCUCUCCAGCACCCCAGUAGUAAGUGAAGAGCUAUUUGAACCCCCUGCCAACACCUCCACUUUGACACCAGCUGGGUACGACGGCCCCAAUAGUUUCAUAUCCACUGCCAGCUUGUCCCUCGCAGGAACCCCUCAUCCUGAUGAAGUUUCCAUGUCAUUCCACUCAGUAACCAGUCCCAACAGCGCAGAUCAGACUGAGUUUCUGAGCUUUGACACUGUAAACACCACCCCGAGUACCAAUUACUUAACCCCAGCCGGGGACCAGACUCCAUCUAAUAUGGAUGAUUCCUUUGGUACCAUGUCAAGCUCCCAGACAGAGGAACCAUCGUUUGUAAUCGCGUCGGCCACAGCCAAAGUUGAGGUGCCAUCUACCGAUCCAAUCAACACCGCAUCUCUCACAGACCACUCACCUACCGAAUUCACCAAUUUUGUGACAGGCUCCCAGGAUGAGGCACCUACGUUCAAAAUUGCAUCGGCUGCACCUGCAACCGAAGUUCCGUCUACCGAUCCCGUCAGUGCCACAUCUCUCACAGACCACUCACCAACUGAAUUCACCAAUUUUGUAACGACAGGCUUCCACGAUGAGGGACUUGCAUUUGAAAUCACAUCAGCAGCACCCCCAACCGAGGUGCCAUCUACCGAUCCCAUCAGUGCCGCGUCUCUCACAGACCACUCACCAACCGAAUUCACCAGCUUUGUGAUGACGAGCUCUGAGGCGAGGGAACCCAAGUUUGAAAUCACUUCGGCUGCAGCCCAAUUUGAGGUGCCAUCCACCGAUCCCAUCAGUGCCGCAUCUCUCCCAGACCACUCACCAACCGAAUUCACAAGCUUUGUGAUAGCAGAGGCACCCCCAUCGGCAGACCAGGCUCCUACAGAUGUCUCUUUGAGCGAUGGCACUGCUCUAGACACCAACGGAAGUUUGAUAGUUGAACCCCCCGGGGAAGAGACACUUAUGCAGUCCGGCUUGCUAGACACCACAGAUUCCAGCUCUGCAACUCCUCUGCAAGUCGCAAGUGAACCCUCUGCCCUGACCCUUCUCUCUUCAACCGGUACUUUGCAAAACGUCAACUCCCCCUUCACAAUCACAAUGAGCACCGACGGGGCCGAAUUGUCACCAGAGGGUGCCCUCUCCAUCCAAUCAGGAGUGGGUGAUGUGUCUGUGAACCGCAGCUUCACAUCGUCGUCGAGCAGCAGCAGCACACGGGUGGUGAAGACGACGCGCACCGUGCGCCAGGUCAAAGUGGUUGGGGGCCAGGAGAUUGUGAUGGAUGGCAACGUCGGGACUCCAGAGGGCGACGGCGUGGUUUCGAUGGUAGCUGAGACUGAUGGGGAUGGUAAAAUCAUUCGCUCGAUCUCAGGUGGUGAGAUGCAGUCAUCAAGUAGCUUCCAGUCCUCACAGCAAACGUCAGUUAUGAGGGAAACGAGCAGUGGCGGGCAAUUGGCAUCAUUCACUAUCACUCCAGACGGGGAGGUGACCAGCAAUGGCACGAUGUCCGUCACGAGACAGAUGAGUGGGGAGAUGUCAUCGUCUUCCUCCUCGAUGACAUCAGUCUCACGACAAGUUAGCAGCCAGCGAGUGGCCUCCUUCACCUCGAGUGAGAUGAGCGGGGAGGUGUCGUCGUCCAUGAUCCGUCAGAUGAGCGGCGGGAGCACGUCCACGGUGACACGGCAGGUUUGCAGCAGCAGUUCCAGCAGCAGCCUGACAGCAGCAAGCAGCAGCGAACUGGUCACCUCCACCCAGAAGGUGACAACAGAUGCUGCCUCCAUGCUGCAGCAACUUGACCUCUCCGACAACGCCUUCUCGAACCAAACCGGUGGCGGUGAGCUGACAUUCACACUCACCGGUGACAGCUUGCUGGAGCAGACAAGGGGCAGCACUGGCAUGUCUGUGGUCAGUCACAGCUCCAGCUCGCAGAGCCUGACGCAGAGUGAGAUGUCCUCGAAGGUGGUGUCGUCAUCGGGGCAGGACAGAGAAGGUCCCAGCGCCGUCACGGUGUCCCGCAGCAUGAGUUCCUCAACCAGCCAGCAACAGUCAGCCAGCAUGCAGUUCAUGACGCAGAGCUCAAGUGACGGACAGCAACCAGUGGCCUUUGACCUGAGUGGCUUGAGCCUCGGCGCAGCCAGUGGGAAUGCACUGGUGGAGGGGGAACCUGGUACCACCAUGGAGAAGACGAUGAUGGUGUCCUCCGGGCCAGGGCAGAUGAGUGUAGGCCAGGCAGUCUCCAUGCAGGGAGGAGGGUCUGCUGUGGGCGAGAUGGAGGAUGGAUCCAAGAUAUCCGUCCAGUGGCAAGGCACAGCAUCUGCUAAACAAGAGCACAGCGUUUUCUCCACGGAGUUCCCAUCAGAUGGAUCCCCCAGUCAACUGGAAGGACUGACGGGCCAGUCUAGUCAACUCGCCAUUUCUUCGCCAGAGGGCGACUCUGCCUCAGAAGGAAACUAAGGUGACCCUUUUUUUUUUCAAGACACGGAUGGGCCUUAACCAUGAAGGUCAACUCGCCAUUUCUUCGCCAGAGGGCGACGCUGCCUCAGAAGGAAACUAAGAUGACCUUUUUUUUAAGACACGGAUGGGCCUUAACCAUGAAGGUUUUUAGAGAGGGAUUUUUAAAGGCUUUUAUCAAUGUUAAGCACCUCGCUAAAGCAAACUGACGUUUGUGCUUGAAGCAGAAGGUACGCUCAUGAAACUUAACCACUUUGCUGAUACUUUGCUGAAAAUGAACAGUUGUACUUAAGUCCAAAAAGUCGGAUCAAAAGUCACAUCACAAAAAUAAUGAGGUGAACAUUGAUGUCUAUGUCAGUGUUCACUUGAAUAGCCUGUGACUUGGGAUAAGAUGACCCGUGACAGACUUGUGACCACAACAGCAUAAUCUCUGACUUUUAAGCCUUUUGAGUCCUGAAGAAUGCAACGGCCGGAUCUGAGGGUCCUUUGUUCCCCAGUCUAACAAACCUACAGGAAUUGCUCACUGUUGGAUGCCAAUGGAUAAUCUUAAAUCUUUCAGAGAACUGGCCUAAUUAUUGUAGUAUUUGAUGGAUGUAGGGCUUUACUGUGGCUAUUUUACAGAGGGUUGAGCACAGGUGGCAGAAAGGGGGAGGGGCCAGUGGCCCCCCACUUUUUGAACAGGUGGAGGACACACACACACACACUUUUUGCAGGUCCUAUAAUGGGGUGGGGCUUAAUGCAUCAAUCUUUUAAUGGCAGGUGCCUGAAGGUCUCACAACGGCCCCUCCCCUCCCACUUUGAAAAUCAUUCUGCUGCCGUUGUUCAGCAUCACCCUGGUUUCAGUCUCAAAGAAUCUGUCGUUGACUAACCUCCAACAUCAUCUGAUUUUGCACAAAGUCAAGAGGGACAAAGUGCCUCGGAAGUUCAGGUUAAUGCAGAAACUUUAUUCACGCCUAUCAUAAAUAGUUUUCACUGCAGAAAAAAUCAGCAUUUUGUGGUGACUAUGUUUCUUGCUGUUACUGCAGUGCUAAAUAUUCAUGUUCAGCUUAUGCAAGUCUCUUUUGUAAUGCAGCUUGUGCCUUCAUUUUGGUGUUUACAUUUAAAUAUCGAUAAUAAUUGAAAAAUUUUCCUGUUCUGCAUUGCAAGUCGUACCCUGCCUUUUGGGGGGGAGGAAAGUUUUGUGAAAGCUUCUAGAGGUAUUUUUGUAUUCAAUUUACAUGUAUCUAUGGAAAUGAGUGUGAAAUUUCAAACAAUGGAGAACUUUUUUAAGAGAUUGGAGUGACAUUGUACAUACGGUUUGUGUGGGAAUGUCAAUUUUAGCAAGUUAACUUCUUAAUGUAAUAAUUUUUUCAUAUCAAUAUCUGCAAAAUGAAUUUAUAAAACUUGCAUCCAGUAAAAAAGGCCCUAUAUGGUAGCAAUUGUAUCUUCUAUAUUUUUAUAACCUAUCAAUUACCGGUAGGUAACUAUAUCCUUGCACACAGAAAGUGCUGUUUCAGAAAAUGGUUUUAAUUCCAUUUUAAGGUGCGUCACAACUUUGUAACAAAAUGGAUGAAACGCAUUUGUCUUUUGUACCUGUGUACUACACAGGUACAACGGAAAAAUAGUGUGUCUGUAAACAUUUUUGACAACUGUGUCGUAAUAUCUUGGGAAAGACGUCAGAGAUGUUAAUUUUGAAAUGCAAUAUGGGCAAUUCCCAACACAGUGCGCCACCAAGAGGUUUGUUGUGGAGAGGCCAUUUUUUGCUGUGCAUCGUGGGAAAAUGGUCAACCAAUUAUAUCACUGGCUGCGCACAGGGAACGGGAAGUAUUCCCAAUGAUUGUUUUUCCCUGGAAGAUUUGUAAAUGUAUUUGAAGUUACAAUAUUCAUUACUCCUUGCUUCUUUCUAUUGCAUGGAAUAUCUCGCUCUAUCAAAAUAGUUUCCCCAAGUUGUCUACUGACAUUAAAUUAAAUGGAAAUUGUGGCAAGGCAGCCAUGCUUUUUCAACCGUAAACUUGACAGAUGGCCUCGUCCAUGGGCAGCCUCUUGGUGGCGCACUGUAUUGUCAAUCGCUUUUCCAGCAGCCAUGAUCGAUCUGAUCAAGGGCAGUUCAUGGUCAGUGCAAAAGCAAAUUUGUGAAAAUUGUGUCCAUUUUUAUUUGCUCUGAACAUUUGCAGCAAUUUGGGCCAAAGAUCGUAUA